CCGGGAGGCGGCAGCUGCUGCAGGCGUGGUCACGGUUGAGCAGCGAGGCCUGACGAGCCAGCUUGGGGAGGGGUCCGACGUCGCGCGGCGGGCCGAGAAAACUGGGGACCCGGAUCUCGUUGCUACGCAACCGGGGGCGUCGUUACUAGACCCAGUAUGGCAGGCUCGGGCAGCAGCGCGCCAUGGGGCAAGCAUCUGCUCCACGCCGUCCUGAUGGUGCUAGUGGCCCUCGUCCUCCUUCACUCAGCACUGGCCCAGUCCCAUCGAGACUUUGCACCUCCAGGUCAGCAGAGGAGGGAGGCUCCAGUUGACCUCCUGACCCAGAUAGGUCGGUCUGUGCGGGAAACACUGGAUACCUGGAUUGGGCCAGAAACCAUGCACCUGAUUUCAGAGACCCUGUCUCAGGUGAUGUGGGCCAUCUCAUCAGCCAUCUCCGUGGCCUUCUUUGCCCUGUCUGGGAUCGCUGCCCAGCUGCUGACUGCCCUGGGGCUCGACGGUGAUCACCUCACUCAGGGCCUGAAGCUCAGCCCUAGCCAGGUCCAGACCUUCCUGCUGUGGGGAGCAGGGGCCCUGGUCGUCUACUGGCUGCUGUCCCUGCUCCUCGGCUUGGUCUUGGCCGUGCUGGGGCGCAUCCUGGGGGGCCUGAAGCUUGUCAUCUUCCUGGCCGGCUUUGUGGCCCUGGUGAGGUCAGUGCCCGAUCCUUCCACCCGGGCCUUGCUCCUCCUGGCCUUGCUGACCCUGUACGCCUUGCUAAGCCGGCUCACCGGCAGCCGGGCUUCGGGGGCCCAACUGGAGGCCAAGGUGCGAGGGCUGGAGCGCCAGGUGGACGAGCUGCGCUGGAGGCAGCGGCGAGCUGCCAAGGGUGCCCGGAGCGUGGAGGAGGAAUGAGACGGAUGCCUCACAGCGCCACCUUCGUCAUACCAAAGAGCAGAGCUGCUCCUGGCUCGCCUGCCUGCCCUCCGCCCUCUGCCCCAUUCUGUCUCUGAGCCCCCUGAGAAGGGAAGAGCAUUCCUGUGUCUUCCGAGGUUCUCUGUCUGGGGCUGGCUCUCUCCACCCCUUCUCUGCUUCCAGCCCGUCUCAGCCAGGGCAGGUUGUAGUGGCCUCCCCCUCUGGCUUCUGCAUCUGCUCUCAGCUGACAUCACUGCCAUUAGUCUCUGGUGAUUUAACCAGCUGCCCCUGCUGCUGCCUGGCUUCCUCCUUCCACUCUGGCUCCCGGGCCUUCUGCAGCUCCUCCUCUGCCAAGCCCCAGCCUGUUCCCAUUGUUCUCUUCCUUCCAGCCCUGAACGUCCUGAAGGCCUGCUCCCGUCCUCCUCAUUGCCCAGCUGUGGGGGAGAGGCAGAGGCCAUGGGUAGAGGAAGGGGGAAACAGGCCCCCCGAGGCCUGUGGGACUCUGGGAGGACGCACAGGGAGUCUGUUACAAGUGCCUUAAUCCGAGCCAGCAGGGCCCUCUUCUGCUUGCCUGCUCCAUGCUGAGUGCAGGAGAGUGCACGGGGCUGCUCUGUGCUGAGAAGAGAGCAGCCCCUCAGCGUCGCGACUCCCCCUCAGCUGCUUCCCAGGCCUGUGUGCAGGAAGGAGGCCUGAGCUCCUGCUCCGAGGGCAGUCGCUGAUCAGUGCCCACCCCAGCAGCCCGGGAAGAGCAGCAGGGCCAGCCUGCUGGCUGACACCUCUCCACCAGGGCCUUGCUGUCCUUAGAGCCCACUGCUUCCUCUGAGGCUCCUGUGGAGGGGGGUGUCCUCUGCCCGGCCUGGCACGCAGAGGGAAGAAGAAAUGCCCCGUUCUGACUGUUAGGGUUUGAUGCGGAAUCACAGCUGCAGUGAUGCAUAUUUUUUUCAGCGCUUGGUUGGUUUUAAAUAAAGUGCACGCUAUUUUAUUAUCUUGUUCUGAAUAAAAUGUAUUUACUCAAA